UUUCUUUCCUUCUUGGAUUCCAGUACCUACAAUUACUUUCGAUACAACCCCUAUAAAUAUAAAGAAAAAAAGUUCAAAAGCACAACUUCCACCCCUUCCCACCGCGUCUUCGCUGCAUUCUCCCACCGCCAUGGAACCACACCCGCAGAAACCAAGAGGAGAGGGCGAAACUGAGUCAUGCGCCGACUCAUACGAGAGUGCUGAGUCGUUCCCUAGUCUUGAAGGAGUCGAGCAGAUUCUGGGAUACUCCUUCACGAACAAGAGGUUGUUGGAAGAGGCUUACACUCAUGCGUCUUGCCAGAAGAACCAGUUCUCGUAUGAACGAUUGGAGUUCAUGGGUGACUCAGUUCUGAGUCUGCUGAUAACAAAAGAACAGUUCUUCCUGUACCCGGAUCUCCAGCCCGGGCGUUUGACUCGUCUCCGCUCCGCAAACGUCGACAAGGAGAAGCUCGCUCGUGUCGCCCUCAAGCAUGGCCUUCAUCGGUUUUUGCGCCACAAGAAGCCCAAGAUCGAGCAACAAAUUUAUGAAUUUGCUGAAGCAAUUAAGGAAUACCCAUUGCACUCAAAUGGUCAAAUUGAAGUGCCAAAGGUUCUUGCUGAUGUGGUUGAAUCAACCAUUGGAGCUGUCUUUGUUGACUGCAACUGUUCAGUGGAUACAGUUUGGAAGGUGUUCAAGGGGUUGUUGGAGCCCAUGAUAGUCCCAGAAACUCUGAAAGUACACCCAGUAACAGAGCUGAAUGAGAGAUGCCAGAAGAGGGGACUGAAGCUUGAGUUCAAGGAUUCAUGGCAAAGAAGAGGAGACAUUGACUUCUACAUAGAGGACUACUUUGCAGGGAGAGGUGAGUACCCUUUGAGAAAGGACAUUGCUCUCAACAGGGCUGCCAAAGCUGCAUUGAAUAACAUUGACAGGAUCCUCAAAAAUGUUGAGAACCCCACCUUGAUGAUGAAGCUCAGGAGUAGGUGGAGGAAGGUUUUGAAAUUUGUAUAUGGAUGAUGACCCCUUUUUUUUUUUUGUUCAUACGUUGUUCUAAAGUCCCAUAUUGAGUCAAUGAUGUAUUUUUCAUUUCAUUGUCAUUGAAGUAUAGGGAUAUGUUGUUGCUUGUUAUACUUAUACCCACGGGGAUGGAAAUGGAAAUAUGUUUUCUUUGUUGCCAAA